UUAAGCUCACACGAAAAGUAAUAUAAAAUGUGACAAUUCCAAUGAAAAAUGAAGCUUAACGAAUGCUAGCAAACAAUGGCAUAGGCCACAAUUUGAUGCAUAAAAUAUACACAGAAUUUGUUUAUAUUAACCUUAAGCGACCUUGACUUCCAAGGGUUUGAGUUGAGCCUAUCUUUCAUUUUGUUUUUAACUUCAACCCUUCCAACUUUCUCUUCUGUCAAACUGAACUAAGAUUCUAAAGAUUCUUCCUUCAAACAAUGAACUUGAAGCAAUACUGUUGUUUCCUCUCAGACGAAGGGCAAAGCAAAAUUCAAAUUGCUAGGAAGAAGAACAAUAGGGAUUAUCCAUGGGAAAUGUACACCUUGAAGGAGUUGCUUAGAGCCACAAACAACUUUCAUCAAGAUAAUAAGAUUGGAGAGGGUGGAUUUGGCAGUGUAUAUUUUGGUCGAACAAGUAAAGGAGUUCAGAUUGCAGUGAAGCGAUUGAAGACAAUGACUGCGAAAGCAGAAAUGGAGUUUGCAGUGGAAGUGGAAGUAUUAGGAAGAGUGAGGCAUAAGAAUCUGUUGGGGUUGAGAGGAUUCUAUGCAGGAGGAGAUGAAAGGUUGAUUGUGUAUGAUUACAUGCCUAAUCAUAGCUUGCUCACACAUUUGCAUGGUCCACUUGCCAAGGAAUGUCAGUUAGAUUGGGCGAGAAGAAUGAGCAUAGCAAUUGGAGCUGCUGAAGGUUUAUUGUAUUUGCACCAUGAGUCAACUCCUCACAUCAUACAUAGAGAUAUAAAAGCGAGCAAUGUUCUUCUGGAUUCUGAAUUCCAAUCUAAGGUUGCUGAUUUUGGUUUUGCAAAGCUGGUACCAGAUGGUGUGACCCAUAUGACUACAAAGGUUAAAGGCACCCUAGGAUAUCUGGCACCAGAAUAUGCUAUGUGGGGAAAAGUUUCUGAGAGUUGUGAUGUUUACAGCUUUGGAAUUUUACUGUUGGAGAUCAUCAGUGCGAAGAAACCCAUUGAGAAAUUUCCUGGAGGAGUGAAAAGGGAUAUUGUUCAAUGGGCCACACCAUUUGUCAACAAAGGUCUCUUCGGCAAUAUCGCAGAUCCAAAACUGAAGGGGAGAUUUGAUUUGCAGCAGUUGAAAAAUGUGACCACAAUAGCUCUUAGAUGCACUGAUACUAGCGCAGAUAAGAGGCCUAACAUGAAAGAGGUCGUCAAUUGGCUCAAGAAUGGUGUAGGGAGCACUUAAUUUUUUACUAUGAUCAGACUGAUAUGAAACAGUCAAAGUUAAGAAAGAAAAGUACCAAAGUGAUGUGUAUAAAGUGAUAUAAUUUCUUUGUUCUUUUAUUCUGAUAUUUAUUAAUUAUGCAUCUUUCUGUUUGAGAAAA